AUGAUAGUGUCGCUCGAUAGUAUUGUUAUGGAAGGCGAUUCUGUAUAUCAACUAGUCAAGGGUUUACCCUUUGCAAAGGAAAACUUUGAUGCUACUCCCAAGGUUAAAACUCCAGUUAUCAACUUUAAUCUUGAGAGAAGCGGCAAGCCUGUUACAUUGUUCAAUAUCCACAAUUCGUCACUAGUUCCCCGAAAUUUAAUCAAGGUACUUUGUAUAGAGUUUAACUUUAUAAUAGAAGAGGGCCAGACAUACCCCCAUGUAGCACCAAAAGCAGUUGACGAAUUUGAAAAUUAUUGGUUUCACCAUUUCGCAUCCAUACUAAUCGAUGGAAAAUUCACCUCAUUGAAAGAUGCAAAUUUACAAGAUCUCACAGUUAACCAAUGGAAUGACUUAUUUUUGGGUACCUUCUAUGUUAAGCCAAACUAUAUAGGUCGUUGCUCCCAUGUUUGCAACGCGGGAUUCGUGGUAAACCAUGUCAAAAGAGGAUUAGGUUUGGGUAAGGAGUUGGGUGGAAAGUAUUUGGAGAUUGCACCACAAUUAGGUUACGUUUAUUCUGUUUUUAAUCUUGUUUUUGAAACUAAUCAGGCAAGUUUGAAAAUUUGGGAUGCCCUCGGUUUUGAGAGAAUCGGAUAUGUAAAGAACGUUGCGGUGUUGAAAGGUUCCAACAAAUUGGUCGGCGCUUAUAUUUUUGGAAAGGAUUUGCAACCAACUAGCUAG